AUGAGCGACAAAACAGUGACAAUUGCCGACUUCCAGGCACUUCAAGAGCAAGUAAUUCAACUCAAAACAGAGAACAUUGAGCUCAAAGAUCAAAUUGAAGCCGCUAAGAAGAGGUCAACUAUGAGUGGACAACAAAUUUGUGAAGCAUUGAAGAAUGAUAAUCUUCAACUUCGUGUUACAAUUAACCAAGUCAUGAAAGAAAGAGAUGUCAUUCUAGAAAAGCUAAAGCGAGUCUCAAUUAUUCAAUUUUUGCAACAUCAAAAUCUUACAGAAGCUUCGAAGAUUCCAGAUGUUCAAUCAAUGCCUCAACAAGUACAGCCAAUAGCGAAUGAAGUAUUAGAUCUCAUGGAAGAUGUAAAAAGGCAAAUAUUUCGAAGAGCAUUUCUCGAUACUCAAGUAAACGAGCUUAGUAAGAAGACAAAAACAUUAGGAAGAGUAGGAGAACAAUUACAAACGCAAAUCAAUGAGCUCAGAGAGAAGCAAAAGAGCGAAAUGGCAGCUUUAGAUUCUUCUCGUGAUCAAUUACAAACAUUAGAACUAGAAACGACAAAACUUCGAGAUUCAAUUUCUGCAGCUACUAUGCCAAGGCAAACUCAGCUUACUCAAGACGAUUUGAAAGUUUUGAAGAAAAAAGUAACUAACCUCGAAGAAACAAUACAAACGAUGAAGACAGAGCAGGCAGCAAUCAUUGGUGACUUGGAAGCUAAGAUAGCUGAAUAUGAUAGAAAUAUUGAAGACGCAAAUGCAGCAAAAUCAGUUAUUACAAAGAAGAUGCAGCAAAAAAUCAGCGCAAUACAAAACGAAAUUAAUAAACGAAGUGGAAUUGUUGUCCAAUCUACGAAAUCUGGUUCUAGAGCAGAUUCUGCUUCAUUAUUUAUGAAAUCAAAGGAAUUAAUCGAUGAAAUUGCGAAAUUACAAGAGAAGAAUUGGGAACUUGAAGAAAGAGUUGCUUUCUCCCGUAAUUCCCUCAAAAUGAUGGCAGAUGAAAUCAUUAAAAACAGAUACGGAAAAGGACUUGAUCCAAAGAACAAAGAUAUGUAUAAUAAGUCACAUCAGAUCAUUUUACGUAUUGCUGAGAUCGAUAGACUCAUGAAAGAAGCGUCUAAAUAA